AUGCGUAUUUCAACCCUAUUCGGCAGCUUUGGCCUGCUAGUUGCCAGUUACGCAGCCCCCCUCGAACGUAGAGCUAAUAGCCUAACAUUCAAGGGGAAGGAGAUUACACAUUUCUUAGCAUUUGGAGACUCGUAUACCUAUAUUGACGGGACAUACGGUCAUCCCGCCUACAGCUUUAUUGGCGAUACGUUUCAUAGUGUCUACACCAAGGAAGAGCUAGAGACAAAUGAGAUCAAACUUAACUCAACCGAAUACUUGACGGGAUGUUAUAACGGUCGCCCCGGUGACUGUGAUAUUCCACUAUGGAAUUUCGCAUUUGCCGGAGCAGAUACAACCUCAGCUCUACUAAUGCCCCACCAUGACUAUACCGUCAACCUAGAAGAUCAAGUGAUAAACUACCUGAAUUCCGCCGAUUCUGUUCUAGAACUUCCACGCUCUUCUACAUUAGUCGCAUUUUGGAUAGGCAUUAACGACGUCAAUGACAGCAAUAAAUGGAAGAAUGUCACUUUCACCGACUUCUACCAGGCCGACAUCGAUUAUCUAUAUGCUUCAGUUGAAAAAAUGUACUCUGCAGGAUAUAAAAACUUCCUAUUCAUGAACGUGCCCACCAGAAACGAGGCAUUGAGGAACAAUACGGCAAUCUGGAAUACUAUUCUCGAAAAAGAGCGACAUAGUUUCAAUAGACGGCACAUUAAGGAUCCCGAAGUAGAAACUUACAAAUAUGACGUUGAUAAAGAGUUUAAGAAGAUCCUGGAGCAUCCGACGAGAUACGGGUUUGAAAAUUGGACGGGCUAUUGUGCAAGUUACGCGCAACCGGACGUAAUCUGGAAUUACGCUAAGUAUGGGUGUCUACCUAUUGACAAGUACUUUUGGUUCAACGGUGGUCAUAUCACGUAUAGAACCCAUCAGAUCAUUGCGGAGGACUUGAAGAAGGCAAUGGCUUGA